AUGGCGGCCUUCACGAAGCUGGAUGAUUCCCCAAUGUUCCGGAAUCAGGUGCGUACUGCUCUGUGGUCGGUAUCUUCGCCGCCGACCACUCGUUCACGUUUUUUGUUUGUUUGGAAGAAGCCUGGUGUUGUACAGAAAGAACCAGGCCAUUUACAUCUUCAGAGGAGCCAUUAUUUUGGAGCAGUCCGAACGGUAUUUGGUAAUCUAACUAUUGGACCUCUGCGUUGGUUCAACGAUUUUUUGAUGUUCGACGAACAUUCGACACUAGAAUAUAACUAAUCCACCUUUUUUCUUAGACGGCGAUGGCUUUUGCCAGUGCCAUCUUCAAUGAGCUGAAAAAAUGUGACAGUGCGAUGCUUUCUUUCUUGUAAUGCAUCUUUUGGGUUGUCAUUUGCCCGAAUUUGGUCUCAAUCAUUCGCGGCUGGUUAGUGUAGUUGAUGAAUCAAGAAGUGAGCUAACUCGAUAUACUACCGGAGUUAAUUCUGUUAACGGCCGGAAGUGUUUCCUUCUACCAGGAUAUUAUUGCCUUCGUCGUCCGUGGCAAAGAUUUUUCAAUCCUUUUACCUUCGUUUCGAUGUUGUUUAGUUCUCUCCGUUUCCAUGUGCGACCCACUUCGUGGCUGACUUUUGAAUCUGGUAUCGUUAAGGCCAUCGUGCGUUUUGGCCCGGGCUGUAUUUCUAACACCGGCCAUUCCUAUCUAUCACCGAUUCCGUCAUGGAGAUUGCUCCAUUCACUUGUGAACAAUAUCCCACGCCUGAAAAGAAUCUUAUGCAACCAGGUGAGUUUUUGGGCAGUGCUGAAUACAUGUCCAAUGGAAUUCCGGUGUCGAAUUUACUGAGAGCUAAGAGUAUGUUUGCCUCAAUUUUCACAUAAAAAUCUGAGUUAAUGUGAUCGGUCAAUUCAUGAUUUAAUUGCGUUCGAGCAAAUGUCCCAAAUGUCUCAAAUGUCUCUCAUUUAUUUAGAGAGAAAAAGAAUAAGAAUAGAGAAGAAACAAAGAAAACCUGAAUAAUUUGCCCCAUGUUAGGCUCGUUUAGAACGGGGACAAAGAGGACUCAUUCCCCUUCUCCCAGUAUUGGUUAAAAAUAGUAGAAAGUUAAAAUUGCGAAAAUCUAUUUUGGGGUUGAACCCACAUGUUUUUCUGGAAGAGAAGAAAAUAAAAAGAAAAUGAUUGCAAAGAAGAUCCAGCUAGUUCACUUUGACGAACAAAAGAAUACAGAAUGACUAACUAUAACAGUUAAUUUUAAAGACAGAAAAUGUAUUCCUCAUGAACUAAUUCUCUGAGGAUAAGACACCCUACGAGCAGAAAAUAUCGAGUUCUGGUUAGCCAAGUGGGCACUUUAUUGGUAUCUGCCACUAAACUUUCUUCUGCUUUCUGGUGCUUUAUAGAAGUAAACUGGUAUCAUUCUCUCGUCUUUCUUUUGCAGCUCUUUUCCUUGGAACAGGGAACAGAUGAGUUAAGAGAACGUUGCCAAAGACUUCAUAAAGGAUGUAAGAAAUUUGUGUGAGUAUGAUACUCUUCUGUAACCUCCUUUGGGCUCCAUCUUCUGUUGUAUUCUUUUUAUAACUUUCUGCAUUUUAGAGAAUCAGUUCAUUUGCCAAUGCUUUAUGUUUAGUUAAAAUAGCUAAUCCGUCUUUCACCCCUUGUGAUCUGUUGUUCUUGUUACUUCGUCCAUUUGUAUAGACAGUAAUGUAUUGGGCUAAAGCUGCAAUAAAUGCUAUGUUAGUUUUCCAUAUGAUAAACCAGCUACUCUGGACUAGUGGGCCUGGGCAUCUAGGACUCGACUGAUACUCUAAAUGUUGGAUGAAGAAAGUCUUGAUUUCACUAUCCUGGAACUUGUUUUCCUUCGUCAUAUUAUUUCCGGCUUAGGAGGAUCUGAGGAUCUGGGCUAGGAAGAUCUGGUGAAUCUAAAACUCUCUAAACACUCAAAAUCCAGGUUACUUCUCUAGUAGGCGUAUAGGGAGGUUGGGUGUGAGAAAGAGUUCUGAUUAUUUGUUGUUCGGGUGUACAGACUAUAUGAUCGUGUCGUAGCAGCUACUUUCAAUUGAGAUGCAUGUCAGUCUGAGAUUUUGGAAAGGAGAUCUUAUAUAUUCUCAUAUUUUUCAAUAGAAGAGGCACGUCAUUGACUUUAUAAGAGAAUUCAUGAUGUAAUUUAAAUUAUCUAAUUCCUUCAUAGAAGAUGUGAGGAAAAUUUUUUCUUGUUCCAAAUCUACACCUAAUGUACACCUCACAUGUGCUUCUGCCCGACAUUUUUUGAGUCAUUUACUUAUCUUGUAUAGAAGUCAAUGAAUUCAUUGGUGUCAUCUGGUCAAUAUCAUCUCUCUCUGAUCAUGGUGAAGUAUCAAGGUUGUCAAUAGGAUAGUUGGGCGCCUGUUUGGAACUAAAUAUGCCCCCAGCUUGAUAGCAUCGUUCACUCAUUGCAGGAUAUCUCUUGCUGGAGCAUAUGAUGGGGAUAUUGCCUUUGCUGAUUCCUUAGAAGCUUUUGGCGCUGGGCAUGACGAUCCCAUGAGUGUGGCUAUUGGAGGUUGAUCAAAACUUUCAGAUUUCACUUUUCCUAUUUUAAUAUGUUGUCUAUGUCGAGUUGCAAUUUUUACAUAUACACGACUUUGACUUUUUCAAAAUCAUGGAUUCGUCUUUAACUUGAUAUUCAGUCUUCACGUAUGUACUGUAUUUUUUUGCUUUUAGCUGAUUUAAUUGAGGAAAUGAGAUUAAUUUUAGUUAAUGCUAUAUUUUUUAAAACACUUUCAUGUAUGCCAGUUUUGAGAGGAUUUUCGUUUCAAUUUCAUUUCAGUGAUAUCAGAUAUCCGCCAUUAGAUGACCCCGUCUUAUGGCCUUUUCUUUGUUUUUGUUCAAGUUUAGGCCCUGUCAUGUCCAAAUUUACAACUGCAUUCCGGGAACUUAGUUCAUACAAGGAACUUCUUCGCUCCCAAGUAAGUUAAGAAAACUUUUUGUUGCAUUGCUUUCUGUGACGAUUACUGAUUCCCUGGCUACCCAGGGUCAACCAUGUUUUUACUUGCCAUGGUAAAUUGUAAUUUUAUAAAUUACAGAGCAUUCAUAAAUUAUAAUUUGUUUUGCAAGACACCUCAAGACCAGGCACUUAGAGAGGUAUUUUAUCUCUUAUUAUUUUCACCAUAAAUUGCCAUUGUGUCAUGUUAUCGAACCAUACCAAGAUAGAAUACAUGUAGUACAUAUUCCAUCUGGCAUGUGUGACCAUAUGGAUAAAACCAGAACUAUUUUUUCAUUGCGGAAAGAGUUCCACCCCUAUUAAGCAGAAAUUAAAAAACAGGGCAGCAUAAUAUGAGAUUCCCAAUGGUCUACUAAACGGGAAAGAAAAGUAGAAAUAAAAACAGCACGUCUCAAUGUUAACUUUAUUUCAUAUCUAACAAGGUGGUAAAUAAGUGAGAUACAUAUUACCACAAGAAAUGUUUUUUCCACUUCUCUACUUAACACAAUAGAAUCGAGGUCAUCUUGAUCUCUGUUCUGGCCUUUGAACGUGGAUAGUACCUUGUAUUCAUUGAUAUCGAAAAUAAAUGAGUAUUUGGGUACGCUUUCAAUCCCCUGCAAAAGAAGCCCUCCCUACACAAGAGUAAUUGAAUACACGAGGAUGUGGUGGGCUAAAACCCAGGCUACACAGAAUGACAUCAUCACACACUUGAAUUUCUCUCCAGCUCUAGAAGCUUCUGUCACAUCUCCCAUGAAAAAGACCAUGUACCAUAGAAUCAGUAAUCCAUGUCCUACUCCUCUCUCAGUAGAUACAUGGUGUUGUUGCUAGUUAUGUAAAGAGCUUGUUGAUGACAAAUCGCAAGUCAUCAAUAUUUCCCUAUUAAUAAGUUGAGGAUCUGUAGAUCGGAUGUGUCACAUGGUUCCAACUACUGCUCUUAAUGCUUUUGUUGCAGAUUAUGAUUGUUCUGGGGAUAUGAAAAGUUGUCCUCUAAACUGCCCAAUCAUUUCCUCAAAGGUUCAUUUUAAAGUUUGGACAACAGCUUGCUCCCAAUAACCACGAAGAAAAGCCUCUACCACUUUAAUGGUAAAAUCAUGUACUGCCGUGAAUUUAAGUUCCUCUAGGUCUGAACUCCUUUACCCAAUGCCUUUCCAAACUAAGCUUAUUUACCCCGCACCAUUAAAUCUAAAUGCCACUUUUAUGAUGUUUCGUAAAUAUCUGAAAAUUUCCUGAAAUCUUAUGUUAUUCCCUUACUCCAUUGCCUGCGACACAGCUAGAAGAAACGCCUUCCACCGGUCUAACUUAAUGAGAAGAGCACAGUGACAACCCAAGCUAGAGAAAAAACAUUCAUAUCCAUAAACUAUCAGCCUGAGUCUGAACUUUGCCACAUCUGAUCUUCUAAAAAACAUUGAAUAAUACUGUAUCACUGAAAAUUUAUACGUAGAGUCACCUUCUGUGGUCAUUGAUCCUAUCUAUAAACUGAAGAUCAUCUUUUUUUUGGAUCAUGAAUAUUCCUAUGGUUGAUUCAAAGUUGAAGGAUUCCAACGCAAUCUUAAGAACCGACUUGGGCACCAUACUCCAACUGAGUGCUUCCUACUCAUUUUGAUUCAACUGUGUUCUUGCCGAAAAGAGUCAUCGGCUUUCAAGUCAGUUUUUUUAGGAAUGGAAUAAAUCGGCUUUAUUUUCAAACAGAAGGAGUUAGAAAUCGGCUUUUGAUACUUUGUUUCAUGAGAUGAUGUGCUUCUCAUUCUUUUUAGAUGGCAUUUUACAGGUGGAGCAUAUGCUGAGUGACCGUUUGAUGCAGUUCAUAAGUGUUGACCUACAAGAUGUGAAGGUUUCUGUAUCGUUUUUUCUUUAGAUACCAAUAACUCUUCUUCAAUUAGUAGCAAUAUUCUUUGAGUUCAAUACAAGGAAUAACUUAUUAACUUAGCUCUAACUUAGGGGCUUUUAAUUCACCAACUUUUCAGUCAAUGGAAGUGGGGAAGAGAUAAAAGGAAACUAUUGAUGAUAUCCUUCUGAUUGAUAUCAGAAAUAUAUUCUAAUGACAUAUGAUACUAACUCACCCUUUCUACGGACUGUUUAUCUGUGUGAACUUAGAAAAAGGUUUUUAAAUAAAUAUUUUUAAGAUUUGAGGAAGAAUCUGGAAACCUACAGUAGUUAUGGGGAUCUGUAGUUGUGGCCUAGGAUUUGGAUUAAAAGAUGGGCGUUUAUGAGAAGAUUCAUGAUCAAUGAAUUCUAAAGUUUGUAAAAUGAGUUAAACCAUAAUAAAUACGGAACUAUGUAAGGAGAAAAGUUUUCUAAUUUUUUUCUAAAUGUAGUUCCUUACUCUGAAGGAUCUCUUAUGGUAAUGGGACUGAAACAGGCAAAAACGUCUUCUCGUGUCCUGUUUUUGAACGUAGUAAUUUCCAUCCGAUGUCCGAUUCCAUAUUACCCAAAGAUUAAUUGAUAAUAAACUCUUGCUGGGAGAUGAAAAACAUUUUCUGUAGUAAAGUCUUAUAAAUUUGUGGAGUCGGUAUACAAUUGAUGUAUAUGUUAUGAUUAAAUGCAAUUGCAGUGAGGCAUACAUAAAUAUCAGUGAUCGUCAGGUGUGAACUGAUUGAGUCUUUUCCUUAUCCUACAUGCAGCAGCUUAUGGAAAGAUUUAUUAUUAUAUGCCAAUAAGAUUUCAUAAACGCAGUUGCCAGAUUAAUUUGCUCUCAGUCAUGAUCCAUGCUGAAUGUAAACCUUAUACAUUAAUGACGCGGCAGCCAAAGAAAUGGAAGGGAAUUGGGGACAGAUAGGAGGUGAAUAAACGAAAGAUUAAGAAUGGGAAUGAGAGGAGAGGAGAGGAAGGAAGAGAAGAGGAAUUGGGUAGAAUAGGCAAAGGAUUUCUAUGUCAUCGAAACUAGUCCUGGUUUGUGGGCUACAUGGUGUUUGAAUGGUUUUAAUUAGAAUCCAAUAGUUGGCUGAUUUUAAUUGUAAUUGUACUAUUCUGUUAUCCCAAUAACCUGUUUUUGUACGGUACUUGGACAUAUUCAACAUAUUGUACGUGACUUGGACUUGAAGAGAGAGGUGUACAUUAGUUUCUGGUCAGUGGUGUGCCCACAGGAUCACGAUUCCCAUCAUAGAGUGUAGUUUGCUGUUAUAUGAAGGAUAUGAUGAUGGCUGAAUGGAAAGUUUCAUGGAGAGAGAAAUAAUAAUUUUUGGAAAGUUAAUCAUUUGAGUUGGUUUCUGUGUGUUGACUAGCAAAAUUUACUCUCAUCCUGCUCAAAGUGGUAGCUAUAGUUGCUAAACUGCUGCUGGUUCAGGUCAUCAUGUCUGAAGCGAUAUUAGAUCCGGCACAAGUUAGAGUAGACAAAGACUGCUCUGUUAUAUAACUGCAUCUGGGAUUUGGUCACGUCAAAACACAGAAACUUAGCGGACUUAUGUUUCAUCCAUUUCGUGAGAUUUGGGUUCAAUUCUCGCGCAAGUGCGUUUAAAUAUUUGAGUCAUUCAUGUUUUUGAAAGAUAUAUAUAUAGUUGUAAUACUGAAAAAGUAAGAAUAUAAAACAUGACACUCUGAGGGGUAAAUAAUCAUCAGAAAUGAAGUCAUCCUUCUCUAUUUCAUCAUAGAUCUCUUAUAUCUAUCAUAUUAGGAACGUUAGACAUAAUUGGAAUAACACGGCAACUCUUUUGAGGUACCUUCUGUCCUUGUAUUCAUAGGAAUCUCGCCGUCGUUUUGACAAAGCUCAGCAUGUUUAUGAGCAGGUAUGUCUCGAUCCUGUUUGCCUACAGUUUACCUUCUGUCCUCGUUUUGAUGUCUUCAUAGGGCUUAAGUAAUAUCAUGUAUGGAUUGUGCGGAAGAAAUGUUACAUUUAUGGUCUUGGCUAUAUUACUUUAUGCAGUCUCAUUAUAUGCUGCAGAGCUCUACUGGAUACAUAUUUUCUUAUAAUGUGAUGGUUUGAUAUGCCUAGAGACAAUUUGCUUCAAAACCUGUAGAUUUAUGCGAUCUUGUAACCUCUGUCAUUGGUGUUUGUGCUCUUCAUGUCUAUCUUUAGGAAGACUAAGUCAUGAUGGGUGGAUUGAUUGUAAAUGGGAACUCACUGCAGUAUGGAUUAAAUUGUCAAAACAAAUCAUAAUGGUCGGAGUUGGAACUUUUUUGGUUUCACUGUAGCUGAACAUGAGGAUGAAGAACCCAUUAUUUAAAAUUUUCUUAACAAACUGCUUGUUCUGUUUGGUGAAAAAACGUGUAAAUGAACCAUUUUUCUCCUGCAAUGUGAAAAUGUUACACUACAUGCGAAACAAUGUUACUGGGUUCGGAAAGAUUUUAUGACAUUGGAGGAAAAAUGAGGUUACCCGCUCGAAAAAUCGUUUGUGAUGACAGCCUCACUCUGAAAGACAUCUCAAAUUGCUAAUGAGUUCAGUUAUCCCAAGUCCAGGCCCUGUUUAUUUCCUUGAACGAAGGCGGCUUCUAUUUUCGGAUGGAUAAACGUCUACCCAAAUCAGACGUAGUUGACCUGAUCUUUUUUGGCAUACAUGGGUUAGGUAGGUGGUGAGCAAGACCGACAAUAGACGUUGAUUCGGGCCUAUCAUUUAUGGACCAAUCAGGUGGAUUUUUAAGGUCUUUUUAACUGUCUAAAAUAUCUUCAAUUGGAGAAAAAAUCAUCUUUUUAAUUGUUUGUUUUGGAAGGUUCUUGCUGAAUAGUAUAGAUGACAAGUGGCAGGUGGAUUGUUUUGUUAGUCGAAAGGUAAAAAUUUCGUGGAGAGCUCAACAAAGCGUAACAACAUAGGCCCCCUUACGUGUCUACUAUCUUUAAAAUGAGCAGAAAAUAUGUUAUGGUUUUUUCUUUUCUCUUCCCUUUCCAUGUAGCUUUUGCCUGCUGUUUUAUAGUAUUGCUGCCCCAAAAAAAAGUUGGAAAAUAACGGAGUAUCGUCAUAAUAUUAUGUUCUGUUUAAUUAUAGAGUUCUUCACUUUAUAUUCUGCUGUUACUCUGCUAUCACUCUUGAGGAAUGACAAUCUCCUGCGAGGACUACCUAAAUGGGAAUAUUUUAGAGAGGAUAUUAGCUGUAUUCAAAUAAUAUAUAAGAAGAUGAUUGGCUGCAUUCAACUACUGUCUUGGGUUCCUGACUUUGGGAGAAAUCAGCUAUCAAUAUAAAUUUUAUGAUUUACAAUUAUGGUGUCCUCAGUGGCUGCAACUAUGCAUAAAAAACAUGGCCGCGAUUGUCCGAUUGUUUAUGCUAGUCAUAUCUUUAGAGAGAGCUUACCUCAAAUCAAUUCGCUUCUGACUUGAAGUGACAGUCUGGCCGGUCAUUUAAUCAUAAAACUCUUGAGAGUUUUAGGGUGUUUGGUGAAUAUUUCCUUGUCAUAUAUCUUGGAAAAAUAGAAAAUAAUUCAUAUUUUGUUAGAAAAUAUUACCUUGUCAUGUGAGAAACACCAAUGAUUAUUCAAAGUUAAAAACGAUAAAGUUUUAUCAUCGACCUUAUUUUUCUUUGCAUACUUCUUCGUUGAUCCAUGCUGACAUUCAGAUAGUUUCUUGUAGUGGCACAUCCCCUUCACUGUGUUUUUAUACUGAACCAUCUGUAAUAUGUGUUUUCGUGGGAAUUCUUUUGUGCUGUAAUCCUUGUCAUUUUUUCUGUAAACAUUACUUAGGAUUAUGUAUUGACAUCUGUACUUAGGCAAGAGAAAGGUUCAUGUCGCUGAAAAAUGGAACACGAGUUGAUGUUGUUUCCGAGCUGGAGGAGGUGACCUAUUUUCCUUAUGUUACAUCUGAGUUAGUGAUUGUUUUCCAGAGUUCGCUCUUGAAAUUUUGUUUCUGUUUAUGCAGGAUCUGCACAAUUCAAAGUCAGCAUUUGAAAGAUGCCGAUUCAAUUUUGUAUGUUUGAAAUGUUGCCCGUACAUUUUCAGUUUAACUGAAUAUCUUAUUUUAAUUUCUUCGACCACCUCUUGGGUAUUAAGGAAUGCAGGUGAAUGCUCUUGCAAACAUUGAAGCAAAGAAGAAGUAUGAGUUCCUGGAAUCCAUUAGUGCUGUCAUGGAUGCCCAUAUGAGAUACUAUAAGCAGGUAAAGAAUGAAAAAUUAUCUUUCCAUCUAUUCUUUCCAAAUAAUCUUUUGUUGCAGUCUAAAAUUAUCUCUCUUGAGAUCCAGGGAUAUGAGUUGCUGAGCCAGAUAGAACCAUUUAUUCACCAGGUAUACAAUUUGUUGAGAAAACGUAAAAAAAUUGAAAAGUCAACGAAUAGAGAUUAUUGGUGAAUAAGCUCUUAUUCUUGGAAUAGGUUCUGACAUACACACAACAGUCAAAGGAAAUGACAAGUAUCGAACAAGAUAAACUUGCAAAGAGGAUUCAGGAGUUUAGAACACAGGCAGAGCUGGACAGUUUAAAAUCCUCUGCUGAUGCACAGGUCUCAGCAAGUGGUGAUGGUGUCCAUGUUAUGGGUUCUAGUUCUUAUAAAGAUGUAGAAGCAUUGAUGCAAUCCGCUGCAAAAGGAGAGGUAACAUUCAUACAAAUUCAUUUAUUUAUUGGUAUAGCUUGAAACCUCAAAUAAGAAUGAAAUGCUCCACGUGGCUUUAUGAUUUCUUCACGGAGAUGUAUCAUGGCCGACUAAUCAAUUGUCUCCUUCGUCGUUUUGUUCAUCUGUGUAUUAAAAGAUCAAGUGAGCCUAACUUUCGCUUACUUUCCCCUCCCUUGAUGUUAGUCUUUCGUUAUAUGGGAAAUUUGCUCAUUUUGGUCCAGGUUCAAACAAUAAAGCAGGGUUAUCUCUUUAAACGUUCAUCAAAUCUGAGGGGAGACUGGAAAAGGCGAUUCUUUGUGCUUGACACGAAUGGGACCUUGUACUAUUACAGAAAUAAAAGUAGUAAGCACCUGGUGCGUAUUUUAUUCUAUCCCACAAAGUUUUUCUUCCUUGUUGCUUGCAAAUUUUCAAUGUCAGAUUUUUUAUAAAAAAAUUACAGCUUAAUAAGAAAUACUCUGUUGUAUAAUUGAUUGCUUCUGAUUUAGUGCAAUCAAUUCGUUUUUACUCGCUGUCAAUAUCAUAACCUUGCAUUUUUUUUAGGUUGUAAUGAUAAUAGUUAUGUUGAAACUUUAUUCCUACAAUUCCGGUUAAACACACUUGACUAUGUAGUAUGAUAUUUGAGUCAUUUAAUUAUGACUCUCUCGUCCUUUUCUUGACCUCCUAAAGGGAAUGAGCGGAAAGAAAAAUCAAUGAAUUUGCUACUUUUACUACUGUUAUGUGCUAUUGAAGAUUAUGUAGCCUCAUUGAUAUAACAUUUUUUAUUGAAUUCAAAGAAAGCUCAUCAAAACGCAUAUGUCAAAAUGACAGUAACUUUCUAAGAGGCUGUCUCAUAUGGUUGAAACCAUUUGAAGGACAUACCAUAAUGUUUUCUUUGCUUUCCUGUAUUUAUGAAUCAAUUUGGACGCAUUUUAGAUGUAUAUAUAUAUAUGUAUAUAUAUAAUGUAUAUAUGUAUGUAUAUGUAUAUUUAUGCAUCUUAUCUUCCCCUUCCCUCGUUUCUAGUCUCAGCAACCAACGGGUGCACUUGAAAGCAGUGGCAGUGUCUUCAGUCGAUUUAGAUUCUCAAACCACAGAACAUCUCCGGGUGAAGACACCCUUUGUUGUCGCACUGUUGAUCUCCGCACCUCAGCUAUAAAAAUCAAUGCUGAACAGACAGACUUGAGGUUCUGUUUCAGAAUUAUAACCCCAGUGAAGACGUACACAUUGCAGGUAACUCUUGACACAAAGCACUUCAAGUCCUUUUUCCUCGGCAUGUUGUUUAUUCUUUCUUUUUUGAUUAAGUACUUGUUAUGUUGUUUUUCCAUUAUCCUUUUUAGUCUGAAAAGUAUCUGUCUCCUUACAAACUCUGGGGAAUAUUUUUGUGCUGUACAAUCUUUACAGGCAGAGAAUGAUGCAGAUAGGAUUGAGUGGGUUGAGAAAAUCACAGCAGUGAUUGUAUCUCUUCUUCAUUCUUCAUUUCCAAAUCAGGUUGUCAUCUAUGCUUCUUGUUUGUUUUAUGGUUCCUGGUUUUGUAUUAUUGGAAAUAUUAUAGGGAUGUACAGUCUUCUUACUAAAUGACCUUUACAUGGAUAACUAGCAGGCAUCUCUCAGACUGAUGGAUUCAGUAAAUGCCAGUCCCGUUCAUGGUUCCAAUCAAUUAUCAGGUGUCAAUACCCAAGAUAUAAUUUCCGAGAGCCAUAUACAUGGUGGUCAGGAUUCUGUUCCUGACAUUCUUAGAAGAAUUCCCGGAAAUGAUGUCUGUGCAGAAUGUAGUACGCCCGAACCUGAUUGGGCAUCUCUAAAUCUAGGAGUUUUAUUGUGCAUUGAAUGCUCUGGGGUUCAUCGAAAUCUUGGUGUUCACAUUUCAAAGGUAUGCCAUUGAGUUCGUAUUCCGAGUUUCUAUACGUUCAUUCUUUUACUUUUUGUCCGUUGCUAUUUCAUGUCACUGAUUUUUGGUUUAUAAUAUAAAGAAAUUUCAUUGUUUACUGAGCGGUUGAACAUCUGUCUGUUUGACCUAGUCUGUCUUGUAUAUGUUUGUUCCGGAUUGUUCUGCAAGAGAUAAUAGCUAUCUUUAGAUUAUUUCAAUAACGCUUAUAUAUCUGGAUCCACUGUAAAUAUUACAUCCAUGAUCUGCCUUGUCAAUGGAGCCAGAAAUUAUUGUGGAAAUGAAUACGACAGUUACAGAACGACACUAUAGCUGCAUUUUAUGUACAAGGUCUAAGCCUUAGUCAAAUAUUUAGGUAAGUAAAUAUCAAUAGUGUCGUCUAAAAAACAUCAUAUCCGCAAUUUGCUGAUCAAAACUUCUGACACUUUUUAACCUGAAAAGAUUGCAUUUUUUUCUACCAUCUCUCUCUCUCUCUCUCUCUCUCUCUCUCUCUCUACAUAUAGGCUCUUUCCAAAGUCCAUGGUUUCGUGGGACUGUUUGCCAGACUUGACACCAAGGAUGCUUUGCUUUGAUUUAGGCAGACGGAUGAUCAUAAAUGUUUGGAAAAAUUUUGAAUCCUUCAAUGUUUCUAGUUGACCCAAGACUGACUAGAUAAGUCUCACUAUGAUGAUUACUAUUAGCCUCCACGCAAAAAGUCCUUUCAUCGCACUGAAACUAUUUAACCAUUUCGCAACUGGGCUUUGUAGCUAUAGAAACAGUGAUUUGGUUAAUCCUCCGACCUGGAGAAAAUAUAGCUAAAGCUGUUCCUUUCGAAAAGUCACUUUUUUCUUUUUGGAUGAACCGGAAGGGGAGAAAUUCACCUAGGCCAUCCAUCGAAUUAGGCAAUGACUUGGAUGUUUUAUAUCCAAGGAUAUGAUGCUCUUCUGUUCAUACAACCUGGAACCUCUAUAAAAAGAGUGCGUAAAAAAGAUGCUGUGCAGACAUCCUUGGAUUUUCCCGUUUAGUUUCAAUGUGAAGUAACUUCAUGGUUCAUUUUGCCAAUCCUUCUUGGUUCAUUCGUGGAACUGUUAUCAGGUAAUUGGUUUGCGUAACAUGGUUGUUAUUUCUAUGUUUCCAUGAUAUGAUAAAUAUUCACAUUAGAGAGAGGAAUACACUUCUACAUUGAUCGAACAAAUUGGUCUUUUUUUAUUUUCAUGCAUAUAUCUAAUAUUAACUUCCUUUGAUUGUUUUGUAUUGUUUGUUAAUGGUUUUAUUAUUGCUAUCUCAAUUCAGGUUAGGUCGCUAACUUUGGAUGUGAAAGUUUGGGAAUCUACAAUCUUGGAUUUAUUUAGUACUUUGGGAAAUGCUUUUUGUAAUUCCGUGUGGGAAGGACUUCUUCAGCCUCAACCCCUGGGGUAGGUUUUCAUGACCAAUAAAAUAUGAAACUGUUGAUUUGUUUUUUUUUCCACUCUAACGUUUUAACUCUAACGUUUUAAAGUUUAAAUGCCUCCUAGUUCGUAGCAUCUCUGAUGGUUUGCUGCGGUUUUUAAGAAAUGAAGCUAUUCGGUGUUUCAGUUAUUUUAAUCUGCAUUGAUUUAUAUCUUUCUUGUUCUAUGUGGGCAUCUUGGUUUUUUUUUUUUUUUGCUUAUAUUUACUUGCCACUUGAGGGAACUGUUGGGGUUAGUGAGGUUGAUUAGAUAUGGUUAUGUUACCAUAGCAUCAGUUUCUUCCUGGACACUAAUGUUUCUUUUUUAGAUUGAAAAGUUCAUGUUGGAUACCAUUUUCUAGUGUACAUACUGAACAUCAAUAGCACCAUGUUAACACAAUAAAGCCAAAGCUUUCAAAAGAUUGAAUUUUGGAUGUAGAGGAGACAACUAAUGAAUAAGGGUAUGCUAUUAAUUAUUACAUUUACUGGAAGAUUUUCUGUAAAUGUUCCAAUUUCAGUAUGGUGUCUAGGUUUAGUGAAGGGUUGAGGGUGUCUGCCUGAUAAAAGACAAUGCAUGACCUAUGAUAUCGCAGACGUGGUCAAUGCACAUGCAUUUUGACCGUAGACACAGGACCUAUGAUAUCCUUGAGUCUGGUGCUUUUCUAGAAGAAAUUUCUCGUCUCUAGAUGGCCCUCGUCGCCAGUUAUGUUUAUUCAAUAAUUGUAAAAAGAAGCAAUGACACAUUUGACAUGUUAGACGUGAACACAUCGACAUCUGAUUUUUUAAGUUCCUGAAUCAUUUCAUGGAUAUAUGCGACAUCUUAAAGAGGUUGACAGAUUAUUUGUCCCUUUUAAUGUCAGUGCGCCUGUAGCUUUGUAGACGCAGCUAGAUUGAAAGUCAAGGAGUAAUGUGUAUUAUUGCAAUAGAAAUUUCUCUUUUAAUCACUAUAUAGUCUGGCCAUGUCAAUGCAAGAUUCUAAAUGUCAAAGCCCUGCUUGGUUAUGAACAUAAUGAAGAAGAAAGUAGAAGAAUUGUGGAAACGAUAUGCAGAAGAACUGUAAUUCAUUUCCUUUUUUUGACAAUAACUUAUCUAUUAUAUGCGAUUCACCAAUUAAUUUUCAUUGAUAUCUUUAUGAAAUUAAUACAGGGGACUACCCGCAAGCUACUGAUCCAGAUUACUUGUAUUAUUCAUGCAGCAUAGAUAAUGAAUAUGAAGGUCGUCACUUGAUUAGUUGUUCAGUUAAUAGAGGGAUCUUUAAUACCUAAAGGCUGAUGAAAAAUAACCAAAUACAUUUAUAUAUUUAACUUUCACCUUGCUUUUCCAAAUUAGCCUUUUUUAGCUGCUUCUGUUACUUUGUAGGUGUUGCUGUAUUGAUCUGUGCGAGUCGAGUUAAAAGUAUGUAUAGUCACUACCGAGAACCAAGGAAUCAAUGUAAAAGACUCUGAGUAAUCAACACUUAGCCACCCAUUCUCGAUCCAACAAACUAAAACUUAUUUGAUUAUAAUUCGUUCAAAAUAUUUCCAACUAAUCGAUGCUUUCAGUCCCGGUAGAAUGCUGCGUUUAGGUGGCAACUGUAACAUGGCAUAACAACCAUAUUCAGGCUUCAGUCGUCUUUAUAGGUUUUAUACUUUACGUAUCGUAAUUACUUCGUAUUUAGAGUGUUUCGUUUUUGGUAAUCAAUGUUUCCUCGUAGGAUCUUAAUUUUCUACUAAACUUUCAAAUGUUUAAAACAUUACGCGUGUAAGUUAUGACCGAUGCUUAUUUAACCAAACACGUGCAGAGAAGAUGGAAGGGUUAUUGCUUCUACAUCAAUCACAAAGCCUGAACCUCGAGACCCUAUUUCAAAGAAGGAGAUUUUCAUUCAAUUAAAGGUAGGAUAUUCCCGUGUUUAUUGUCUUCUCUUAGAUUUGACGCCAUGUAUUUUCAAUUUUUUCCGUUGUCAUGAUUUAAUAAGAUCGAUGCUUCUUCACAUUGUUAUGCUAAUUUAUUUUUUCAUCGGAGUAUCAUUCCUUUUCUUAUUUUUUCCCCUCUAAUAUGUGGUGUAUACCAUUGGAAAGCUCUCCUGAUAUAAUUCUUCAAGUAUAAUGAACUAGGACACAGUCCGAUCCAUAAACAGUUUGGCUAAUGCACGAUAUAGAUAAGCAUGCUGGUCUGAUUUCAACAUUUUGUGUAAAAAAAUGUCCGUCAUUGUUAGGAAACUUGCAUUCAAUCUACCUGGCGUUAAGUAGUGUAAUAGGAUGUGUAGGUUUCAAUGCUUCUACACGCAGAUUUCAUUAUUGAAAAAAGUGUAGGCCUUUUUAUGAGAGCUAACUAGCAUGUUUGUUUCAGAAAACGAUGGUGCUUAGACCAACAAGGGCUUAAGAAAGGCGGCCCACUGUAUAUCACGAGACAUUUGCGAUUAUCACAGAAACUUUUACAAGCUAUUCCACUUUAUUAGUAUACUUAACAAUUUAGUAGAAAUAGAAUGAAACAUAAAACUGGGAAGGAGUUCCAUCCCCGUCUCUGUUCCUCCAGUGUGACUUCAAUGCAAGAUUUAUUUGUAUUUCGAAGGCAGUCUUCUUGAGCUAAGAAACAGUAGGUUUGUUGGCAAUGGAGAUGUUUGGUUGAGGGCGGACGUUGAUUUUGAGAGAGUAGGCUACGAGCUUCUGUAAUGAGAAGAGCAUCAAUGGUCAUUUUUUAGAGAGUUGUUGGUCUUAGCGCUAUUUCAUCUUUUGGAGACGACAGCAAUUUUAUUGAGGGGUCUUUAGGAACACACUGGGCAUACAGAUUUAUAUCGUAUUUUUCCUUGAAUAGUUGAUGAAUAUGUGAAAGUAUCUACUUCCACAAAAGUUAGACCAAUUUUAAAAACCACAGAGAGUCUUUCUUUUCAGUGUCCUCGUUUAGAACGUAGGGAGAGAAAGUUGAGAUCUGAAGCCAAGACAUCCUGUGCUUUGUUUUUUCUUGUGUCCAUGGAUGAACUCUGAUAUAGUUUGAUAUAGUUUAGUACAGACGGAAUACAUCUGCUUAUUAUAUCUCCUAGUGAUAAGGAAUACUUAAAUCUUAUAAGGUUUUUAUUUGCUUUUACUUUGCAGUACAUGGGAAAAAUUUUACUUGCGGAAGAACUCGGUGAAUUCAUUUCUCCUCCUUAUCCUGCUCAUAUUUGGGAAGCUGUUGAAAAGCGUGAUAUACGAGCAGUAUAUUGCUUUCUGGUAGCAUCGAGUGGAAAUGCGAAUACGCGAUAUGAAGAAUUCAUGGGUCAUGAUCACUUUCAUCGUGUUGAUGGUCCAAAGUUGAACGAUAAUGGUUACUUCGAGAAGAAACAGCAUGAUCCUUUUACAUGCGAAAAAAUUAAGGAUUCUGGUGUUCCAGAAGGCUGUAUGCAAGGCUGUUCUCUCCUGCAUUUAGCCUGCCAUGUCAAUGAUCUUGUGAUGCUGGAGCUGCUGUUACAAUUUGGUGCCGAUGUGAAUCUUCAAGACUACCAUGGAAGAACACCUCUCCAUCAUUGCAUCUCCAAGAGGAAUGACACGUCUGCGAAGUAUCUAAUUAAAAGGUAAGCAACCAAAUGCUGAAAAAGUAUUUUACUUUUGAGUAUAAAGCGCAUGAAAAAUUGUUUAGUACAAACCUCCAAGCGAUAUAUCUUCCCCAAGAUCUGUCCUGAUAGGAAUGCAGGACAAGGUUUUUCUUUUUUUUUCAGAUUCUUGAAAAUUUUUGAACUUAUUAGAGACUUAGUGUAGUUAUGGUUCACUCUGUGACUCACCACAUCAGAUGUCCCCUGAGUGAUAUUUUUACUAUUUAAUUAAGAAAAGGAACUCCAGUUAAAUGUACAUCAUAUUUCUGAAUUGAAGAUGUUUUUUUUUUCUUUUCAACGUGAUGACUUGAAGAUUCUUUCAUGUUUUUUCAAGAGAAAACAUUUAGUUUUUGAAUCACCACUCAGAAAAUGUUAGGAUUCUCUUAUUGUCUGUAUUUCGUAUUAUAUUGGAAUGUAGUGGGAGUUGCCAAUAUAGGCGUGGUGCAUCGUUGACCUACUCUUCUCCGGGGAAAAAAAACAGCAGGGAAAAAUUUCCUCUUUUUUGUGAAUGGGUUAAGAUGAGACCUGAUGCCCAAUUCUAAAGAAUCUUUUCUAAUUGUACACCUCAAUCAUCAUUUCGAGAGAUAUUUUUCUCUUACGGCUCUCUAGCUGAUAUGGGUGCUGAUAUUGAUUUACAACGGUAGAUAAUGUAUACAUUUUCGUGCGGGUAAAAUUUUGACUUGCAAAAGCAAAUCUAGGACCUUGAUUUCAAACGACUGCUAGUAUUUAUUGCUUACAAUAUUCUCUACUCAGAGGUGCUAGGCCAUCAGUUAGGGACGGAGGGGGACAAAAUGCUUUGGAAAGAGCGAUGGAGUUUGGACCGAUAACUGAUGAGGAACUAUUUAUACUGCUAGCUGAUUCUGAAUAA